AUGCCCUUCGUGAAAGAUUUUAAACCCGUUCCCCUCAAAGAAAGCAACCUCUUCAAACCGCUCACCAUUGGCGAGACUUUGGUCCAGCACCGGGUUGUUAUGUGCCCUCUGACAAGGCUACGUGCUCACUCACCUGGCAAUGUGCCAAACAAAGAGUGGGCACAUCAAUACUAUGGGCAGCGCUCACAAGCUCCGGGCACAAUGCUUUUCACCGAAGGUACCUUCAUUUCCCCUCAAGCAGGUGGCUACGAUAAUGCACCUGGCAUCUGGUCCCAAGAACAGGUGGCAGAAUGGAAAAACAUCGUUACCAAAGUUCACGACAAUAAAUCCUUUUUAUGGGUCCAGUUGUGGGCGUUGGGUAGAGCUGCCCCUCCGGCUAAUUUGAAGAGAGAUGGUUUAAGGUAUGACUCUGCUUCUGAAGGCCAGUAUGAGAACGAAGAAUCGAAGAGCGAGGCAGAGAAAAGUGGUAAUUUGCUACAUGGAAUUACCAAAAUGGAAAUCAAGCAGUAUAUCUCGGACUACGUGCAAGCCAGCAAAAAUGCUAUUGAAGCCGGGGCCGACGGUGUCGAGAUCCACAGCGCCAAUGGUUAUCUCUUGAAUCAAUUCCUAGAUCCCAUUUCUAAUAAGAGAAACGACGAGUACGGUGGCUCGAUCGAAAAUAGAGCACGUUUUACUCUGGAAGUUUUUGAUGCAAUUGCUGAUGCUAUUGGUCAUGAUAAGGUCGGAAUUCGCUUCUCUCCCUAUGGCACUUUUGGUACAAUGUCUGGCGGUGCUGAACCCUUAAUCAUUGCUCAGUAUGCCUACGUUAUUGGUGAAUUGGAGAGAAGAGCACAAUCCAAAAAGGGACCCGCUUACCUUCAUGUAGUCGAACCGAGAGUAACCACUCCCAGGAUGAGUGAAGGGGAAGGAUGGUACAAAGACGGUACGAACGAUUUCGUGUGCAGUAUCUGGAAGGGUCCUUUAGUCAGAGCUGGUAACUACGCAUUAGAUCCCAAGGCCGCUUUGGCUGAUGUCCAAAAUGACGAUAGAACUCUAAUAGGUUAUGGAAGGCUCUUUAUCGCUAAUCCAGAUUUGGUUUCAAGAUUGGAAAACGGGUUACCUUUGAAUGCGUACGACAGAGACACGUUUUAUGUCUGGAGUGACAAAGGCUAUAUAGAUUAUCCAAUGUACAAGGAAGCGACCAAGCUGGAGGCCACGAAAGCUGAAUAG